AUGGCAUUCAAAUUCGUAGUAUUCGCUGCCUUUGUAGCAGUAGCUCGUGCCGGAGGAAUCGGUUACGCCGCCGCUCCAGUGGCUUACUCUUCCGCUCCAGCUGUAGCCACCUCUUACUCUUCCAUCGCUCACUCUGCUCCAGUAGUAGCCAAAUACGCCGCCGCUCCUGUCUAUACUCAAUCCUACGCCGCCCCAGCUUACGCUCACACCUAUGCUGCCCCUGCCGUAGCCGCCUACGCUGCCCCAGUCGCCAAAGUAGCCUACGCUCCAAUCCAAAAGACCAUCGUCGCUGAAGCUCCAGCCAACUACGACUUCGGCUACUCCGUAAACGACCCACAUACUGGAGACAGCAAAUCCGCCCAAGAAACCCGUCACGGAGACUCCGUACAAGGAUCAUACUCCCUCAUCGAUGCUGAUGGCACCAAAAGAACCGUAGAAUACACCGCUGAUGAACACAACGGAUUCAACGCCGUAGUACACAAAGAACCAGCUCAAGUAGCCGUCAAAGCCGUAGCCAAAUUAGCUGUAGCCGCUCCAGUCGCUUACGCCGCUCCAGUAGCCCAAUACGCCGCCCCAGUAGCCCAUUACGCCGCGCCAGUAGCCCAAUACGCCGCUCCAGUAGUAGCCAAAUACUCUGCUGCUCCAGCCGUAGCCACCUCUUACUCCACCGUAGCUCACGCCGCCCCAGCCUACGCUCAUGCCGCCCCAGCUUAUGCUCACGCCGCUCCAGUCUACGCUCAAUCCUACGCAGCCCCAGCUCUUUCCUAUGCUGCUGCCCCAGCUCACUCUUACUACCACUAA